CUGCGCGCUCGCCGAGACCCAGACGGCUGCAGCAGCCCAGGCGGCCUCGGGUUUGGCUGCACCAUGAACGGCUCGGGCGACCCGGGGGCCGAGAACGCGAGCCAGGCGGACAGCGGGGGCAGCUGGCAGCCUGAGGCGAUCCUCGUGCCCCUGCUCUUUGCGCUCAUUUUCCUCCUGGGCACCGUGGGCAACGCGCUGGUGCUGGCCGUGCUGCUGCGCGGGGGCCAGGCGGUCAGCACCACCAACCUGUUCAUCCUCAACCUGGGCGUAGCCGACCUGUGCUUCAUAGUGUGCUGCGUGCCUUUCCAGGCCACCAUCUACACCCUGGACGGCUGGGUGUUCGGCUCGCUGCUCUGCAAGGCCGUGCACUUCCUCAUCUUCCUCACCAUGCACGCCAGCAGCUUCACGCUGGCCGCUGUCUCUCUGGACAGGUAUCUGGCUAUCCGCUACCCGCUGCACUCCCGCCAGCUGCGCACGCCUCGAAACGCUCUGGCGGCCAUCGGGCUCAUCUGGGGGCUGGCGCUGCUUUUCUCCGGGCCCUAUCUGAGCUACUACCGUCAGUCGCAAUUGGCCAACCUGACUGUGUGCCACCCAGCGUGGAGCGCGCCUCGUCGCCGCGCUAUGGACAUCUGCACCUUCGUCUUCAGCUACCUGUUGCCGGUGCUGGUUCUCGGCCUGACCUACGCGCGCACCCUGCGCUACCUCUGGCGCUCUGUCGACCCGGUGGCUGGCUCGGGUGCACCGCGCGCCAAGCACAAGGUGACGCGCAUGAUCGUCAUUGUGGCCGCGCUCUUCUGCCUCUGUUGGAUGCCCCACCACGCGCUGAUCCUUUGCGUGUGGUUUGGCCGCUUCCCACUCACACGCGCCACCUACGCGCUGCGCAUCCUCUCGCACCUGGUCUCAUACGCCAACUCCUGCGUCAACCCCAUCGUCUACGCGCUGGUCUCCAAACACUUCCGCAAGGGCUUCCGCAAGAUUUGCGCGGGUCUCUUGGGCCGCGCCCCGCGUGGAGCCUCCAGACGCGUGUGCGUCGAGGUGCCUGGCACGCACACUGGCAGCGUGCUGGAGCGCGAGUCCACAGACCUGACGCAUGUGAGCGAGGCAGUCGGGCCCCUUAUCUCUGCCCCCGUGCUUCCAAGCUGUGCAGCCUCUUGCCAAGUCCCCGGCCCAUCAAUGGACCAAAAGGCCUCCAACAGCAUCUUGACAGUUAAUGUGACCUGAGUGCACCUAUGGAGUAAGCUUGGAUGUUAAGUGGUUGGAGCCUGAGGUUGGGGACCGUGGGAAGUUUCCUGUUAAUAAAACGUGCAAAACCAUUCCA